AUUAGUUUGUUCAUAAAAUCCUAUUACAGUUUGAGGUCAUCUGAUUCCAAAGCAUGUAGAGAGAAAAUGCGAAGGGAUCGACUCAAUGACAGGUUUAUGGAACUGUGGUCUAUCGUGGGCCCUGGAAUGCCUCUCAAAAUGGACAAGGCUGUUAUAUUAAGUGACGCAGUUCGAGUGGUGUCUCAGUUACGAGAGGAAGCUCAAAAGCUGAGAGAGUCCUCUGAGAAUCUACAAGAGAAAAUUAAUGAAUUGAAGGCCGAGAAAAAUGAGCUUCGGGAUGAGAAGCAGCGACUAAAAGCAGAGAAAGAUAGCAUUGAGCAGAAGCUUAUAGCCUUGAGUUCACAACCUAGCUUUCUGCCUGCGUUUCCUUCUGCAGGACAAGUUGUUGGUAGCAAGCUGGUGCCAUUCAUGGGCUAUCCAGGAGUUGCCAUGUGGCAGUUUUUACCACCUGCUGCUGUUGACAUCUCACAGGACCAUGUUCUCAGGCCCCCAGUUGCAUAACUUGCCAAAAGGCUCUGUGUUUUGGUCUAAUGGAGAAAGGGAAUUUAUCUUUUCAUUUUGUCUUAUUUCUUUUGCUCUUGUGAAAUGUAGAGAAAAAAAGAAAAUCUUAUUGAUAGUAGAGGCAACUUUUUGAUAAGUACUAUUUAACUUUCAGUUAUAGGCUAAGUUUGAAUAAACUUGUUUUGUAAGCUCUAAUAAGAAAGUAAAAUUAAUUAAAGUUGAGUUAAAAUCAA